AGAAAAUGGAACUUCAAAAUCUUACUAUCACCAGGCCAGGCUUAAUUACUGGUAGAGAUGCUAAAACUCACCUCUCUGAGAAAAUUUCAUAUUUAAUUUUCUGUAUUCCCAGAAUAUCUUGUGAAAACUUGGUUAAAGCUAUAAUAGACAAUAGCUUAGAGUCAACAGAAAAGUGCGAAUCAUUAAGCAACACACAGUUGUGAAGACUAGCUCGAAAGUCAAAAUUAUCUUAAAGUCAACCAUUGUAAUGCUAUAUUGAAUAUCUUUGUC